AUGGAGUUCUCAAAAUACGGCGAGCCAGCUUCAGAAUGGACGUCUUAUGUGCUUGCGCAUCCCAUCAUCAACCAACCGUGGACUAGGCCCUCUGAAGAAGAAUCUCUCACCGAUAUGCACAUCGCCGGAAACAAUGCACGAGCAGCGCUUGAUCAGCUCGCAUUGAGAGCACGCGACUUGGAGGGGAAGUUUUCGAGUCAAGAUUUUAUGAUCGAGACUCGCGAUGGAUCGAGUAUUCCAUUGAGGAUUUACACUCCAAAUGAUACGCUUUCCCCUUCAGAAGGACACCCUAUUUACAUCUACUUCCACGGGGGCGGUUUCCUGCACGGGUCUAUCGACACUGAACGCUCUGUAUGCGCGUCAAUCGCGACAAAGCUGAAUAUAAUGGUCGUGCAUAUUUGUACGCGCCAUGUCCACGAAGCAAAACACCCCUUUCUGCAUUAUGAUUCAUUGGAUGCUACCAAAUGGCUUCUCGAGCACGCAACUAUACACGGCGGCGAUGUCAGCAACAUUGUCAUUGGCGGCAUCUCAUCCGGCGCGAAUCUGGCUGCCCAUGUGGUACAGCAGUUUCCAACCUUGUCUGCUGCCAUAAACAAUGGAAACAACGCCGCUCGACUCAAGGGGCAAGUUCUCGUGGUUCCUUGGUUGAUUCAGCCCGACGCGUUUCCUUAUGACCGGUUUUUCGAGAAGAGCAAGACCUCGUUGGUCCAGUGUGCAGAAGCUCUUGCUCUAUCAACGAAGAGGCUUGAAUGGCUAUCGUCGCUUCUACAAGCUGAAGAUAUUACUGAUCCGACCAUUAAUCCCGCACUAGCCGAUGACAAGAUCUUGAUUAGCCUCCCAAAAACAGCGAUCCUCGUAGCAGGCGGUGAUCCACUUCGAGAUGAUGGGCUUCUAUAUGCCACUAGAUUGGAGAAAGCUGGGGUCAAAACCAAAGUUCAUGUAUUUCCAGGGAUGCCACACCAUUUUGGGGUGUAUCAACUCCCACAUCCGCAUGUGGCUUAUGAACUUGGAUCGGCCACCAUUUAUCACAAAAGAAUCUUUGAAUCUAUAGAAUGGGCGUUCAAUGGUGGAGAUGAAAAUGCGUCCAAGGGAUGGACUGUUGAAGAGAAGUCUUGA